CCCCGAGGUGCGCGCGCGCCGUCAGUUUUCGGCGCUCCUCCUCAGCUCGCUGCUCCUGCCCCGAGAAGGCGUCAUGCCGCCCAAAACCUCGAGAAGAGCAGCUGCCGCCGCCGCCGCCGCCGCCGCCGCCGCGGAACCCCCGGCGCCGCCGCCGCCGCCCCCUCCUGAGGAGGACGCGGAACAGGACAGUGGUCCUGAGGACUUGCCUCUGGCCAGGCUUGAGUUUGAAGAAACUGAAGACCCCGAUUUUACUGCAUUAUGUCAGAAAUUAAAGAUACCAGAUCAUGUCAGAGAAAGAGCUUGGUUAACUUGGGAGAAAGUAUCAUCUGUGGAUGGAGUAUUGGAAGGUUAUAUUCAAAAGAAAAAGGAACUGUGGGGAAUCUGUAUCUUUAUUGCAGCAGUUGACCUCGAUGAGAUGCCAUUCACUUUUACUGAACUACAGAAAAACAUAGAAAUAAGUGUCUAUAAAUUCUUUGACUUACUAAAAGAAAUUGAUACCAGUACCAAAGUUGAUAAUGCUAUGUCAAGAUUGUUGAAGAAGUAUAAUGUUUUGUGUGCACUCUACAGCAAAUUAGAAAGGACAUGUGAACUUAUAUAUUUGACACAACCCAGCAGUUCGGUAUCUACUGAAAUAAAUUCUCUGUUGGUGCUAAAAGUUUCUUGGAUCACAUUUUUACUAGCUAAAGGAGAGGUAUUACAAAUGGAAGAUGACCUGGUGAUCUCAUUUCAGUUAAUGUUGUGUGUUCUUGACUAUUUUAUCAAACUCUCACCUCCUGCAUUACUCAAAGAACCAUAUAAAACAGCUGUAAUACCUAUUAAUGGUUCACCUCGAGCACCCAGGCGAGGGCAAAACAGAAGUGCCCGGAUAGCAAAACAGCCAGAGCAAGAUACAAGAAUUAUUGACAUGCUCUGUAAAGAACAUGAUUGUAAUAUAGAUGAGGUGAAAAAUGUUUAUUUCAAAAAUUUUAUACCCUUUAUGAAUUCUCUUGGAAUUGUUGCUUUUAAUGGACUUCCAGAGGUUGAAAGUCUCUCUAAACGAUAUGAAGAAAUUUAUCUUAAAAACAAAGAUCUAGAUGCAAGAUUAUUUUUGGAUCAUGAUAAAACUCUCCAGAAUGAUCCUUUGGACAGUUUUGAAUUGCAGAGAACGCCACGAAAAAAUAAUCCUGAUGAAGAAGUAAAUGUGAUUCCUCCACACACUCCAGUUAGGACUGUUAUGAAUACCAUUCAACAAUUAAUGAUGAUUUUAAACUCAGCAAGUGAUCAACCAUCAGAAAAUCUGAUUUCCUAUUUCAAUAACUGCACAGUGAAUCCAAAAGAAAAUAUUCUGAAAAGAGUGAAGGAUAUUGGAUGCAUCUUUAAAGAAAAAUUUGCCAAAGCUGUGGGACAGGGUUGUGUUGAUAUUGGAUCACAGCGAUACAAACUUGGAGUCCGAUUGUAUUACCGAGUAAUGGAAUCCAUGCUUAAAUCAGAAGAAGAACGAUUAUCCAUUCAAAAUUUUAGCAAACUCCUGAAUGACAACAUCUUUCAUAUGUCUUUAUUGGCGUGUGCUCUAGAAGUUGUAAUGGCUACAUAUAGCAGAAGUACAUCUCAGAAUCUUGAUUCUGGAACAGAUUUGUCCUUCCCAUGGAUUUUGAAUGUACUUAAUUUAAAAGCCUUUGAUUUUUACAAAGUGAUUGAAAGUUUUAUCAAAGCUGAAGCUAACUUGACAAGAGAAAUGAUAAAACAUUUAGAACGAUGUGAACAUCGAAUCAUGGAGUCCCUUGCAUGGCUUUCAGAUUCACCUUUAUUUGAUCUUAUUAAACAGUCAAAGGACAGAGAGGGACCAGCUGAUCAUUUUGAAUCUGCUUGUCCUCUCAACCUUCCUCUCCAAAAUAAUCACACUGCAGCAGAUAUGUAUCUUUCUCCUGUAAGAUCCCCAAAGAAAAAAAGUUCAACCACACGUGUAAAUUCUACUGCAAAUGUAGAGACACAAGCAACCUCAGCCUUCCAGACUCAGAAGCCAGUGAAAUCUACCUCCCUUUCACUCUUUUACAAAAAAGUGUACCGGCUAGCAUAUCUCCGACUAAAUACCCUAUGUGCACGCCUUCUGUCCGACCACCCAGAACUAGAGCACAUCAUCUGGACCCUUUUCCAGCACACUCUGCAAAAUGAGUAUGAACUCAUGAGAGAUAGGCAUUUGGACCAGAUUAUGAUGUGUUCCAUGUAUGGCAUAUGCAAAGUAAAGAAUAUAGAUCUUAAAUUCAAAAUCAUUGUGACAGCAUACAAGGAUCUUCCUCAUGCUGUUCAGGAGACAUUCAAACGUGUUUUGAUAAGAGAAGAAGAAUAUGACUCCAUUAUAGUAUUCUACAACUCGGUCUUCAUGCAGAGGCUGAAAACAAAUAUUUUGCAGUAUGCUUCCACCAGGCCCCCUACCUUGUCACCAAUACCUCACAUUCCUCGAAGCCCUUACAAAUUUUCUAGUUCGCCCUUACGGAUUCCUGGGGGGAAUAUCUAUAUAUCACCCCUGAAGAGUCCAUAUAAAAUUUCAGAAGGUUUGCCAACACCAACAAAAAUGACUCCAAGAUCAAGAAUCUUAGUAUCAAUUGGUGAAUCUUUUGGGACUUCUGAGAAGUUCCAGAAAAUAAACCAGAUGGUAUGUAACAGCGAUCGAGUGCUCAAAAGAAGUGCUGAAGGAAGCAACCCUCCCAAACCCCUGAAAAAACUGCGUUUUGAUAUUGAAGGAACGGAUGAAGCCGAUGGAAGUAAACAUAUUCCAGGGGAGUCCAAAUUUCAACAGAAACUCGCAGAAAUGAUUCUCGGUUUUUCUUCCAGCAUCUACUCGAACAAGAAUGCAAAAGCAAAAAAUGAAUGAUAAUAUGGAUACCUCAAACAAGGAAGAAAAGUGAGGAUCUCAGGAGCUUGGUGGACACCGUGGACACCUCUGCCUCUCACGAUGUGACUAUAUGUGUCUCCCAGGUUCUGCUUAUGGCCAUAUUUAAUAUUUUCAGCUCUUUUGUAGAUAAAAAAUGUGCAGAUCCGAGUUGAAUAUGUGUGUCGGUAAUUCCUAAGCUACUGCAAUGUUGUAGUCAAUGGGAUAUACAUUGUUACUGUGCAAGAUUGAAAAUCUUGUGUAAAUCCUGUUAUUUAGAAUGUUGUGGCAGAUAUUUCCAUUUCCACAGUAAAAUUGCUCUGCUUUACGGAUAGUAAGGAUGCCCCAGAAGUGGGAGUCCUGACAACCCAUGGCUGACUACUUUGCCUUCUCUUGUAGCAUAUAUGUGACGUUUGCUCUUGUUUUUAUUAAUUUAUAUGUAUAUUUUUUAAUUUAACAUGAACACCCCUAGAAAAUUUGUCCUGUCUUCCAAAUGCAAUUUGACUGACUGCCCAUGCACCCAAAUUAUCCUGAACUCUUCUGCUCUACCAGAUAUUAUUAUAAACUAGGAAAAAUUGCUAAUUUUUACACAUUAGAUUUUAUUUUACUAUUGGAAGCUGAUGUACUGUGUGCUUGUUUUAUAAAUUUUAGGUUUUAAAUACAAGCAAAAAAACAAAAUAUAAUCAUAUGAUAUUGUCAUACUACUGACACAGAUUUCAUACCUCAGAAUUCAUAAGAACUUAUUCUUCAUCCAACUCGUGCUUUAAAAUGAGGGAUUAUUGAUAGUAAUUUUUAAACCAUUCAGAUCACUGAAUUUAUAAGUACCCAUGUAGUACUUGAAACAGUGAUGUGUUCCUGCCAGAGCUUUGCUGAAGAGGACCCUAACACAGUAUAUCUAUCAUAAGUGCACUUUCUAAUGUUUCUGGGUCCUUGAAGAAUCAAGAUACAAAGUAGCUUUAUUCAUAAACAGACUGUUAAGGAUAGGAGCCUUAAUUUUUUGUUUUCAUAGAGAUUUGUUUAAUUGCAUCUCAACAAUUAUUCUGCCCUCCUAAAUCUGGGAAGGUGUGUGUUUUCUCUGGAAUGGUACAUGUCUUCCGUGUAUCUUUUGAACUGGCAAUUGUCUGGAGUGAGUGUGUGUGUGCGUGUUUGU